UCAGACUCCUUUUCCCAGCCUCAGCGGACAGAGGAGAGCACAGCUGCCAUCUGGGGGCAAACCCUCACUCUCCCCUUGGGCUGUGCCACUAGCUACCCCCACCCCGACCCCUGGGCCCGCGGGAAGCUGGAGGCCUUGGACUUGUCAUACAACCGGCUGGUGCACGUGCCCUCCUUCUUGCCCCAGGGCCUCCGCCGCCUGACACUGCACCACAACCGCAUCGAGCGCAUCCCCGGCUACGUGUUCACGCACAUGAAGCCGGGCCUGGAGGUCCUGCAUCUUUCCCACAAUAGCCUGCGUGAGGACGGCAUCCGCGGCGUGUCCUUCCUGGGCCUGCAAGCCUCCCUGGCCGAGCUGCUCCUGGACCACAACCAGCUGCAGGCCGUCCCACAGGGCCUCCUGGGCCUCAGGGCCCUGCAGGUGCUGAGCCUGAGCCACAAGAUCAGGUAGGGCCGUGGCCUGUGGCCAUCCUGCUGUCCCCCCACCCCACCCGCGUCCCUACCGCCAGCCCAGGAGGAAGCUCGGCUGAAGCCCGGAGGCCCAGCCUGGGAGGUUGGCCAGGUGCUCUGGCCUGUGGGCUCGUCACCCAAGGGCCUCAGAGGCUGAGGGCGGGACUGUGGGGGGCAUCCUUCACCACCCCCACCUCCCCAUCUUG